AGAGAGAGAAUUGUGUACCUUAGCACGGGGCCGGACAAAGCCAUUCCAAACCCGUCCAAACCGGGUUAAGUAGCCGUGACAUGUAUCGACCUACGUGGAUGUCACAUCACAGUGGCAGCUCCACAACAGUCUGUGUCCGAAGAGCUGCACUUUUGAUUUACGGUGAGCGAACAUAAGUGGGUGAAAUAUCGCGCAUAUAUUUCCUAAACUGUGACAUUAAGGGUGCGUUUAAGUGCCAGCGUUUCUCGGUAUUCCUGAAGUUAAGAUGACAGUUAGGCUACACGUGUAUCAUAUCGCCUCGUCCUGUGCUGCAGAAUACGUCCUGUAACUUAGAGGAUGGACUUUCGGGGCAGGAGGCAUGAGAGGGGCAGCAACUGGACUGACCCGGAGAUCGUGGAGCUGCUCCAGCUGUGGUCCGACGAGUCGGUCCAGAUUGAACUGGAGAGCUCGUUGCGCAACCAGCGUGUGUUUGACCGCAUUGCUCACAUUUUGCGUGAAAAGGGCAUCUACCGCACCGGCGACCAGUGCAGGGAGAAGAUCAAGAAGAUGAAGCUGGAAUACCGCCGCAUCAAGGACAACCACAAAAUGAGGUCGUGGAAGUUCUACGAUGUGAUGGACAGGGUGCUGGCGAACCGACCUGCCAUCACCUACUCCUCCCUGGGCGGAGCUGUCAUUGCUCAACAGGUGUUUCAGGGCCCCGGUGGGCCUGACGCAUACCUGCAAGGGGUUCCAGCGGGCACCUUUGGUCCUGCUUCCUCGGGUGGGUUUCUGUUUGGCCAGCCUCCAAAACUGGGAGAUCCCUUAGAUAUUAAAUGUGAAGAUGUUGAGGAGAGCAUGCUGAACUCAGGUGUUGCGCCCCCGGAGAUGUACUAUGGAUCUGGAGAUGACCAGGAGACAGAUGGACAGUCUCUGCUGGGGACAGAGGACACGCUGGGUCGGCCGGAAAGCUCAACAAAUGCAAGAAUCUCACCCUCAGGUUUUAGUGACCUGAACAUUGCUGGCUCUGCUACAGCUGCCACCCAGGCUGUCGAUGGCCCUGUGGCACAGGACUCAUCUGGCCAGCCCAGCAAGGACGGCUCUCAUCCCUCAACAUCUGUGAGGCAGAGGAAGCGUCGCCGGGGUGGCAAAACAUCAUGGGGUCAUGGGGGCGGUAGAGGUGGUGGUCAGGAGAACCUGGACAAAGCCCUGGCAAGUUUCCUGAGCUGGCAGCAGUCUGCAGAGGAGCGUCUCCUCUCGCUGGAGGAGGCCCGGCUGGAGAGAGAGCUGCAGGCUGAGGAGCGGAGGGAGCAGCGGGAGGAGAGGAGGGCCGAACAGGAGCGUCAGCACGAGCUCCGCCUGUUCAGCAUGCUCACGGGGGCGUUGUUUGCCGUCAGACAGGGUGCUCCAACCACAGCGCCGACAGAACCCCCCACCUCCCCCUCAGCUCAUCUGUCAACUUCGCUGAUGACCCCCGCUGCCCCCUCUGUCUCGUCAUCUUCAUCUCAGCCACCUUCAGAAGCUCCCACGGCGCAGGCUGUUUCCACUCAGGAGACGCAAAAGUCACAGCCCGCAUCUGUCAAAUCGUGCAAAAUGUCUCAGAAUACUUUGGCAACACUAAGAGGUGCAGAGACUCCUGGAUGUAGUGUGUACCUGUCCAGUCGUGGUAAUAGCAUCCGGCAGCAUCAAGGCAUCCUCCAGGAGGGUUAUGCCCAGUAUGGGAUGGACAAACACCACGACACGGACAACCCUGAUGGUAUAAUCAACAUGGGUACGAGUGAGAACAAACUAUGCUAUGAUCUUCUUCAUACACGGCUGACCAAGCCUGACAUGCUACACAUGGACCCGUCCUUGCUGCAGUAUCCAGACUGGAGGGGACACUCUUUCCUGAGAGAGGAAGUGGCAAAGUUCCUAACUCACUACUGCUGUUCUCCAAACCCACUGAGAGCUGACAAUGUUGUCGUGAUGAAUGGCUGCGGGUCUCUCUUCUCAUGUGUCGCUGCAGUAAUUUGUGACCCUAAAGAUGCAAUUCUCAUCCCUACUCCCUUCUAUGGUGUUAUCACUGAAGAUCUGCAUUUGUACAGUGACGUAAAACUCUUCCACGUUCCUCUUGAUUGCGAGCCUGAUGGCGAAGACGGCCGACCCUUCCGCCUCACUGUGGGGAAACUCGAAGAAGGUCUGAAAAGGGCUAAGCAAGCGGGGCUGAUCAUUCGAGCUGUAAUCCUGAUGAACCCCCACAACCCACUUGCUGAGAUCUACACCCUAAAGGACAUGAUUGCCUUCUUGGAGUUUGCCAAAAGACACGAGCUCCACGCCAUCGUCGAUGAAGUGUACAUGCUGACGGUCUUUGAUGAAUCUGUCACCUUUCACAGUGUCCUCAGUUUAGACAGUUUGCCCGACCCACAGAGGACACAUGUAAUGUGGGGGAUGAGCAAGGACUUUGCAAUGGCAGGAAUCAGAAUAGGCACCCUGUACACCGAGAACAAAGACCUUGUGGAGGCUUUGGCCCAGCUGGGCUCCUUUCAUGGCAUCCCUGGGCCCUCCCAGCACCAGGUAGUGCAGCUGCUUCAGGACAGAGAGUGGAUCAAUGAGGAAUUUUUGCCUGAGAACAGACGGAGACUGAAAGCUGCUCACACCUAUGUGACCGGAGAGCUGCUCAGUAUGGGCAUCCCCUUCCUGGACAGGCCGGCUGCUCUGUAUGUCUGGGCUGAUCUCAGAAAGUAUCUCAGAGAGUCAUCGUUUGAGGAGGAGUUGUCCCUGUGGAGGCAGUUCCUCAGACACAAGGUGGUGUUGAGCUGUGGCCAGGCGUUCUCCUGCUCCACACCCGGGUGGUUCCGCAUCGUCUUUGCAGAUCAUCAGCACCACCUUCAGCUUGGCCUGAAGCGAAUUAGGGAAGCUUUGAAAGAAAAUGAAGAAAAAACGACCAGCCCCGACUCGCACUCUGUCAAAGAAACAGUCGAGGAGAGCAAGAAGUCAGCGAAAGAGGACAGCGCGGAUUCAGACAAUGCCGCCAUUGUCAAUUCAACAUCAUCACCCCAGAGCAAGUCAUCAGACCAGCUGAAAGAGGGGGAUAGCCCUGUUCCUGACACGGGCUCGCUGGCCGCCGAUGAGUUUGUGUUGCUGGACAGCCAAGCGUCUAAGCCCGCAGAGAGUCUGGACUCGCUUAUUGGUACUCUCAGGCAUCAGAUCAGUUCCUCUGAUUGGCUGGAGAAAAACACUCCAGAGCUGUCUGCUGGGGAGGACCCAGAAAUUCUUGAUGUAUUCAAGGCCCUGCUGCAAAGAGCCAGAAAGUAAGCUUAGGAUAAACAGACACGAAUGUAGCUGCCAAAUUUGGAGAGGCAGUACUUAAGCAUCCUUCUUGCUCCGUGCGUUUGCGGUGAAAAGCUCGACACAGACACCUGACACGAGGUCAAGCCUGAUGCUUCUUUUUGAACAGCGAAACAGCUGAGAGCAGGAUAAAGAGGAGAAGUGAAGGAAAGUAGUGCAUUGGAGGCCAGGAUGUAAGAAUAAGAGAGGAUGCUUUUCUAAACGCAUCUUGAGGCCUUACUGUUAAGCUGCUAAAGGAGACUGCCUUGUUUCUGUUUGGAAUCUAGAGUAAGAUAUGUGUUCAAUCACUCAUAUUCUAAGUGAAUGCCAAAUCAACCAAAAUCAGUCACGUUUUAUUCACAAACACUCGUAUCUCAUGAACUGUGCAUCAUAUUAUUUUGGUCAUAUGGAAUUUAUUUUUUAUCACAAUACUGUAAAGGUAAUGAUCUGUGAAUAAAGGACUGAAUUAUAAAUCAUA